AUGAUAACAGUCUUCCUUACAAGCACACUCAAAAGUGAUCCAUUAACGGCGGCGGAGAACGACGAGCGAUUGGAAAAGUGCGGAAGACAGUUCCUCCGUGAGUUUUCGACUCGAAAAUUGAAUACAGUCGAGCUUUCAGCGACCGGCGAAGACAUCAAACCGGACGAAAAUGACUCAAUGCCGGCCGCCGAUUCUAAGUCCCUCUGGCUCUUCAAAGUUAUGAAUAAAAGUGAGCCGAAACCGAGAGAGAAGUGAAUGGAUAUUGUCUUUUCAGACGCUUCGGACUACACUCGCGACACUUACAUGUCUCUGGGAAGUGUAAUAUCCAAACGACACCUCAUCACUUCGUCGCAAACUAUCAUUGUCCAACCUGAUAAGCACAUACAGGUACUUUCUUGGGCUCUCGACGGCACCUAUGUCGAUACAACAUGCGACGAAAGAGGGAACUUGGCGGUGCCGAAGAAAAUGGCGAAGAAUCUGAACAUAAUGGGUGUGUGGUGUGCGAAAACGGAAGGAAAGUGUAAGCAUAAAGUGUUCAAAGUGAAGAAGGUACGGUAGAUGAACACUUGAAGACCGCUUCGAGGCAUUCAUUACUUCAGGCGUGGAUUCUGAACUUGUGCGGAAGACUGAGAAGCUACCACAAAGAGGCGUCGCCGUUGUUGCUCGAACUGAAAGCCGACGACGAAGAGAUCAAAUAUCCGUGUCUGGCCAAUGAUUCGACCGUUUUAUCCGGAGGCGAACCGCUCACUGCUUACGAAUUGAGGUAUUCGAAACGAAAAUACACGAACCCAUCAUUUAGGGAUAGACAGUUAACGGUACGGUUGACUCGAGCUUUUUCAUUCACCUUUUCCGUUUUCAGUUCGAUUUUUACACGCACGACAAGCUAUUUGUGGUACUGAACGGAAAACGGCCGGCGUACGGGGACCGAGGAGGUCCUUUGAUCAGAAAUGAGAGUGGGACGGCGAGACUUGUGGCAAUCAACGGAGACGGUCUGUUAGAGUCCGUGUUUUCAACUGAAACCCGUGCUUUUAGGUCCUUUACCGGGCGAUAAGGCCUACUUUUUCGACUUGAAGGACAUGCAAGAGGAUUUGAAGAAAUUCGCUGGAAUCCAUAACGAAUUCAAAGGCCAGCCGCCGAGCUCCACUUCGACUGCUCUUCCGUCCACUUCUACGAGUUCCCCGACUGUUCCUCUUCCGCCCGUUCCUUCGAGUCCGCAACCGACCGCUUCCGUCGUCACCAAGCAGACGGAAUCUGCACGGAAAGAGCCCGACACGGCUACUGAGGUCCCGCGAAAAGAGGAAAACGACGAGGAUGAAGAAAGUGACGAUCUGUUCGUUUCCGAGGAAUUCCUGAAUGAGAGCGCAGCGAACAGUCUCCUGAUCCUUUUCGUUUUGAGUCUUCUGAUCCAAUGA